UUUGGCAUGCAGCGCCUCCUCGUACGCCCGACCUCGCGCCUCUUGCGGCCUCGCCGCGCGCAGCAGCCGCUUCUUGGCGUGCGCCGGUUCAUGUACCGGCGGCACAUAGCCUCCGACCCGGACUUGGACCCGGCGUCCUUGAUGGGUAUUGCGGCCGUCGGUGUCGCAGUCUGCGGCGUCAUCUACUACUACGACACCAAAGAGGCCAACGAGUUCCAGAUGAUUCGCAUCACCGACGCCUCUCAGUGCCACAAGAAGAGCCACGCCGACCGUGCGCCGCGCUCAGUGCCCCACAGCUCGCUUCAGCGCGUGCCGCAGUCCAAGCGGCUACCGCUUAGCGUCCUCGAAGCCAACGGGGUGCGCCACGCAUCGCUGGCCGGCGUCACGUGGAUCGAAGAGGAUGAGACGCGCUACUACGAGCAGCCGUACUGGAACGACGAGGCCGCGUACACCAUGACGAGUACGGACGCUCAAGCGCUGCGCAAUGCCACGUACGAGCUCCACGCCAUGUGCCUCCAAGCUGUCGACCGCAUCGUCGCCUCGGACGCGCUCCUCGAUGUCUUUGAGAUUCCGUUCAACUUGCGCCAAGCAGUGCGCGACUCGUGGGCGCGGCGGGACCCGGACCUCCUCGGGCGCUUUGACUUUAGCUGGGACGGCACCGGCCCUCCCAAGCUCCUCGAGUACAACGCCGACACGCCCACUGUUCUCGUCGAGACGGCCGUCGGCCAGCGCUUGUGGCAGUCGCACGUGCUUGCCGACUCGAAGCAGUGGUGCUUCAACGAAAUCGAGGACCGGCUCAAGGCGGCGUGGACCAAGGUCGUACCCAAGGGCGCUCAUGUGCAUCUCGCUGGCACGAACGCGACGAUCGAAGAGAUUGAACACGUCGCGUUCAUGCACCGCAUGGCGCUGAUCGCGGGGCUCAAUGCCGACGUUGUCCCGAUCAGCAGCGUGUCGGUCGAUGGUGACGGCCACAUCGUCGAUGGCACAAAAGCGCGCAUCGAGCAUCUCUGGAAGCUGUAUCCGUACGAGUGGCUCGCUUCCGAGUCAUUGGGCGACGACCUCUUUGUCGAUACGCCGGGCGGAAACAAGCGGCUCCUCGAGCCGGCGUGGAAGCUCCUCCUUGGCAACAAGGCGCUGCUCGCGCUCCUCUGGGAGAUGUUCCCGGACCACCCCAACUUGCUCCCCGCAACGUACGAUCGGGACGACAUCCUCGACAAUAAGAUCCCUGGCAACAUUGUCGCCAAGCCCAAGUACGGCCGGGAGGGCGCCGGCAUUCUCUACUCGGGACGCUACAAAAGCAAAGCCGAGUUUCUCGAUGCGGCCGACAAGGCAUCGAUGCUGCCGACCGAAGGCCAUGACGGCGUCGUCGACCUCGACAUGGGUGCCCCGGUGUACCAAGCCUACCACGCGACGUCGAGCUUUGCACUACGAAAGAUCGUGUUGGGGUCGUGGGUCGUCCACGGUGCCCCGGCAGGCUUUUGCGUGCGCGAAGACAUUGGCGCAACGACGAACGACAAUAGCUGCUUCGUGCCGCACUGCAUCGACGGCCCGCGCCUCUCGAAAAGCACGCUCCCCGAACUCUCGCCGGCGCAAAACGCUCUCUUGCACAGCUUGUACAAGGACGACGCGGACGCAGUCCGAAAGGAGAGCUGGGGCACGUACUUUGGCACGCCGUUCUUUCGUUCGCCGACGUCGGCCUCGACGGGGGCCACGGCGGCGCGACCGCCCACGCCGACGACGCAUGACAACGCCAAGGCGCAGGCAUAUGCAGCCAAGCGCGGUCGGUCGACGCGGUAUCCGCGCAGCGGGACUUCUGGCGGCUUCUCACGGGCAACGGGUGCGCAAGGCAUGCGCGGCGGCGCGCGUGCGUCCUCUUAAACGCUAAGAGACCAAGAUUCAAUGAAAUAGACGUAAUGUACUGUGCCUUCGCUGCGAGCAACCGCUUGACCGCCA